AAAAGCCCUGAUUAAGAAUGACGAGACAUAUUAUUCAAGGAGAAAAGUGCUUGAGUACUACGGGAAUGUCAGCGGUACUCCAGUCAAGCACUGCAGUGAAAUAUUUCUAGGCAUGAUUGAUGAUCAGGAGAGUGCUAAUUCUAUUCUUGUCGUUGGAAAAGCAGGGAUUGGGAAAUCCCUGUUUUGCCAAAAGGUGAUUCGCGAUUGGGCCAACAACAAAUUAUUGCAGGCACAAGAAGACACUGGAAUCCCAAUUUAAAAUUUGUGUAUUUGCUUACUUUUCGUCAAUUGAAUUUGCUUGAAAAUAAGUGUGUGACUUUAAGAGAAAUCUUAAACUUUUCCUCAGUACUGGAUGACAAAUGUAACAUUGAUGACACUUUAUUUGAGUACAUUGUAGAGCAUCCCAAGGAAGUUAUGAUCAUCCUUGACGGCUAUGAUGAGUAUUCACAGCAAGACUACAUCGCUGGAAACUUAGAAGAAAAGCAUCCCAAUAACGGUAGUUGUGAAAUGCCGGUGGCCGCACUAUGUUCAAAACUCAUCAAAGGAAAAAUCUUGAAAGGGGCUAUCAUCAUGAUUACCUCGCGACCAGAUGAAUCGGACAGGAUGGGAGGAAUCCGUUUUAAACGGUACGUGGAAAUUGCGGGAUUUUCGUCAGAACAAGUUAAAGAGUACAUCAAAAAAUACUUCAAAGACGACGAAAAUAUGAAGAACGCUGUACUUAAACAAGUCAUGAACAAUAGGGACCUUGUCAGUUUUGCUCAUAUUCCUAUGCUGUGUUAUCUAUUGUGCUUCGGGAUGGAGUAUACCCUAACCGAAUCAGGAAAUCCUGAUGACCUUCCUGUCUCAACAACCAACAUUUACACCAAACUUGUUGAUAUAUUUGAACUUAAGCACUGCGCCGAGUCAGAAUACAGACAGAAAGAAAUUCCUGAGCAAUUCAAGCCCCCUCCUGUCAUUGAGAACACUUUAGAUAAAUUAUCAAAACUAGCGGCUAAACUGCUGCUUGAAAGUAAGCCAACUUUUGAUGAACGCGAAAUAGAAAGCGAGUUUGAAGCGGAAGAAGUCAACAAACUGAAAGGUAGCGGGCUUCUUUACUGUGGUCAGCCUUUCAGGACUGCAUUGAUUAGAACCACGAAACACUUCAGCUUCACACAUCUGACCGUCCAAGAAUUCUUGGCCGCUCGUUGGUUUGUAAAGAGAAAUCGUAUUCCAGACGCGAAAUGCUCUAAUAUGGUUUUCCAAUUCAUGGCCGGGAUUUUGUCGAGUGAGGGAAAGGAGAAACAGAUGGAAUGUUUAAUGCAUUCACCCAUCAUGUAUGCCAAUCUUAGAAUGACUUGUAUGAAUGAGUAUCAAAACAAAGAAUUCGCUAAAUAUUUCAUCAGCUAUCAUCCCAAAGCGCUAAAUAUUUCAUACAACGGGAUGGCUUUGAAGGGUUUAUCAGAUGUAGACUACAUUGGACUAUCAUUUGUGUUGGACAUUAUCAGUGAACUAAAUAAAGAGAGAGCUCAAGAGACACAACGCAAACGUUCUAAGUUCGUCAAAGUUGACAGGUUAGAUCUUCAACUAUCACAGCUAACACGGUCUGGAAUACAACGACUCUGUAAUUCACUGAACAAUGAACACUGUCGUGUGUCUAACCUGACGUUAUUCCAGAUGAACUUCACUGAUGGGUAUGUUUUUGGUAAUAAAUUAGUAUCAGGGAGGUUAACCAUACCAAGUGUAAAGGACACUAAGAACGCUAAUACCCUUGUUGCCAGGCUGUGUGAAGAAUUAGGGAUUUGGAUGUAAAUAGAACCGCAAAUAUUUUUAAUAAAGGUUUUUUUUCUACUGGCG